AAACUAUUUUCAACGAAAUCUCAGUAAUUGAAACAACUAUUACCAGCCAUUAUCAACUGAAACACAAUAGUGUGAUUACUAAUGAAUUAAUCUUAAAAAUCUUAGAAGAAAAACUAAAUAAUAAACUGAUUGAUCCUUUGCCUGAAA